AUGACUGAUACCCAGAAGAAGACCGUCCUUGUCAUUGGUGCGGGCUCUGUUGGCGCAAUUGCUGCGUUGAACCUCGAAGUUGGUGGCUUUGCUUCAGUCACAGUUGCCCUCAGGUCGAACUACAAUGCUGUCAAAGAACAAGGAUACACCAUCGAAAGCUGUGAUCAUGGAUUUUUGAGAGAUUUCAGACCGAGUGUUGUCCGCAACUCCAUCCCAGAUAUAGUCAUCGAAAAUCUUCCGCCAUACGACUACAUCGUUCUCUGCACCAAAAGCACACCAGACGUCGGGCCUACCUCACUCGACCUGGUUGCUCCUGCCUUACCAAAAGAUAACACGCACACGACCCUGGUCCUCCUCCAGAACGGCCUGAACAUCGAGAAACCGUUCCUGGAAUCCCACCCGCAGACUGUCGUUCUUUCCGGCGUAUCCUUUAUUGGUAGCGCCGAACCGUCUCCCGGCCACAUCGUCCAGAAUGAACCAGAUCGACUUCUCAUCGGCGUAUUCCCGCACCCACACAACACCAUCGAGACAGCAUCUGCCAGAGCCCAGGAGUUCGUGACUGUGUAUUCUGCAGGUGGCAAAACGGAUUGUAAGUACUCACCGGCUGUUUUACAUGACCGUUGGCGCAAGCUGGUCUACAACGCCUGUUUGAAUCCGAUCUGUGCAAUCACGGGCGUGGACUCAGGAAGGAUAAGACUUGCGGACGGUGGGCUGGAUGGUUUGGUCCGACCGGCAAUGAGAGAGAUUGUUGCAGCCGCGAAAGCUGUAACGAACAUUGAACUCGAGAAGGAUGUGGUUGAGAAGGUUAUUGACACAGAUCCGAUGGAGAAUUGGGGGAAGCCGAGUAUGCAGCAGGAUAUCGAGAAAGGUAAUUACAUCGAGUUCGAGGAUUUGCUCGGUGAGCCGCUGCGCGAGGGCAAGAAAGCAGGUGUGCCAAUGCCAACACUGGAGGUACUCUAUCAGCUCGCUCGAGCCAUACAAUGGCGCACAAAAGAAGCGAAAGGACUAGUCCAACUACCAAGCCAGUAGAGCAUAGCCGAGCCGUAAGGCGACC